AAAAAUGAAAAACCUAAAUACAGAUAUUUUUCAAUCUGGCAACCAUUUCUGUAUGUACCGUUACUAGUUGCUAGUUAGAAAAUUUUUACGCACGAUGUUUGAAAGCUCGUUUUUUUAUUGUGUUUAAUUGUCCGCGUUUCUGCCCAAAUUCGAAAUGGGACCAAUAGAUUUAAACUCUACUAAAACCGAACUUGAACUGGAAGAAAAGAAAAACAGCUCCGCCCAAUAUUUGCAGCAACACAAGUGGCUAGGAAAAGGUAUUAAGCAGAUUUACUUCGAGUACUGCGCCAACACUUCAAUUCAUGGCAUUCAAUACUUUGGGGAGCACCGCCCCUUAGUAGAGAAAAUAUUUUGGCUUUGUGUAUUCUUGGCUUCAAUAUAUUGCUGCUCAAAUCUCAUACUAAGCGUUUAUAUGAAAUGGAAUGAAACCCCUGUGAUUGUGAGUUUUUCGGAAAAGUCUACACCUGUUUGGAGCAUACCAUUUCCGGCUAUUACUAUCUUGGAAACCAAGCGAGUCUCCAAAACAAGCGGUGUCACUUAUGCCCAAUUCUUCAAAAGCUUACAAGAGCAUGUUAAGGCGCGCCGGUUCUUUCAACCGAAAAAUAUCAGUGUUGCAGAGUUGGAAGAAUUCCGUACACUUCUGCAUAUCUGCAAUACUCAGCUUAUCGAGCGUGGUACCCCUAUUCUUUCCACAGAUCUAAUAGAUUACUUUGGCGUAUUGGAUAAAAUGCAGCCGGACUUCAGCCGAUAUUUCUUUUAUUGCAAAUGGUUUAGCCACUUUGGUGAAUGCGAUGAACUUUUCACCCGCUCAUACACCGAAGAAGGUAUUUGCUAUACAUUUAAUGGUCUUAACGCCACCGAUCUUUACCGCGAAAAUACUUUUCAAUAUCAAAGAAUGGGAUUUCAGAACUUUUCUAAAAAUAUAAUACUAAAACGUCCACUUAAGUGGUCAUUGCAAGAUGGUUAUGCGAUUGACAGUGGCAUUAAAUCGUAUCCGGCGCGAGUUCUUGGUGCAGGAGCACGUGCCGGCCUUUUCAUUGCACUACAAAGUUUUCGCUCAGAAGUUGACUACGCUUGCCGGGGCCCUAUUCAAGGUUUUAAAGUAUUGCUGCAUUCCCCAGAUGACGUGCCAUUAGUUUCAAAUCAGUUUGUGCGCAUACCAAUGGGCAAAGAGGUGCUCAUUGCAGUUAAGCCUAACAUGAUAACCACAUCGUCAGGUAUUGCUGAUUAUAUACCUCAAAGGCGUCAAUGCUAUUUAGAAAACGAGCGAACCUUGAAAUUUUUUAAAGUGUAUACCCAAAAUAAUUGCGCGCUAGAAUGUUUGACAAAUCUAACUCUAACUAAAUGUGGUUGUGUCAAAUUUUCGAUGCCACGAACUUUGGAUAUGCCCGUUUGUGCGGAAAAUAAAAUCUUUUGUUAUGAUAAAGCGGAAGAUAUUCUAUUACUACGUGAAUUCCGUCAGGGUCUUAAGGAAUCGCAUUUGAAUUAUUUGGGUGCAACGGAAUGCAAUUGUCUACCGGCAUGCACUUCGCUUGUAUACAAUACGGAGAUAUCACAGGGUAAUUUCGAUUUAGAUGAGAUGUUAAAGGCGGCUGGAGAUACUUCCUUCUUCGAGGAUUUUCCCGGAUCUCAAAUGUCACGACUCUCCAUCUACUUUAAGGAACACCAGUUUAUAACUUCUAAGAGAUCAGAGUUGUAUGGCAGAACGGACUUUUUAGCGAAUUGUGGGGGAAUUUUUGGUCUCUUCAUGGGGUUUUCUAUAUUAAGUUUAGUAGAAUUAUUUUAUCAUUUAUCGCUACGCUUAUGGAGCAAUAUGAGACGUUUGGCCGGUCCACAUUCUUCACCGAUAUUGUAAAUACGAGAAUUUCGCAGUUUUCACAUUUAUUUGUUCAUAUGUAUAAAUAUCUGUAUAUGUUCAUAUUUGCCUUGUAUGUAGUAUAUGUUUGCAAAUUUGUUUGAUAUUUUUUUAAAUAAAACGUAUGUGUGUAUCUACGCGUUUUUAUAAUAUCCAAUAUUUACUUUUGUCCAAUUUUGUAAUAAAGUAGUUUCCAUAAUUCAUAUUAAAAAAAAAUUAAAUGUUUUUAUUUAGUUAUCUCAUUAAUGCGAAACGACUGAUGACUUCACGGAAAUGCGUUUUUUUAAAAACAUGUUACGUUAA